GGGCAGGUUGAUGUUUGUCACGUGACCAGUUAUUUAUUCUAGUAGCCCAUUCAUUGUGUCUCAGAGUCUGCAAGCCUUUCAUUUUUCUCACAUUGACCAUUACUAUACUUUGGAAACCCGCAGGACAAUACGAUGGCAAACGAGGCCAAGCCAUGUCCCUGUGAUAUUGGUGAUCGGUCUGAUUACGGAGGGCAGGGCCAGGAGGUCCAGAUUGAGCACAUCAAAGCGUACGUAGUGAAACCCUCCGCCACAUCGGACAAGGCUGUGAUUGUCAUCCAAGACAUCUUUGGAUGGGAGCUUCCCAACACCAGAUAUAUGGCUGAUAUGCUGGCUGCCAAUGGAUACACUGCUGUUUGUCCCGACUUCUUUGUCGGGAAGGAAUCUUGGAGUCCAACCAAAGACUGGUCCACAUUUCAGGAGUGGCUUAAGGAUAAAAAACCAACUGACAUUAACAAAGAGGUCGACGUUGUGCUGAAGUACCUGAAGGAGCAGUGUGGAGCCAAGCGCAUUGGAACAGUGGGCUUUUGCUGGGGAGGAGUGGCAACACAUUACUUGGCCUUGUUAUAUCCUGAAAUCAAAGCUGGAGUGUCUGUUUAUGGAAUAGUUCGUGAAAGAGAGGACAGGUAUUCACUGAAGAGCCCGACACUGUUCAUCUUUGCAGAAAACGAUAACGUCAUCCCUCUGGAUCAGGUCAGUGCCCUGGAAGCAAAUCUGAAAGGGAAAUGUACAGUAGACUUCCAGUUGAAAGUAUUCCCUGGACAGACCCAUGGCUUUGUCCACCGCAAGAGAGAGGACAUCAAUCCAGCUGAUAAACCCCAAAUUGAGGAGGCCAGAAAGGAUAUGCUCAACUGGCUGAAUAAAUACAUCUAAAUAUGUGAAAUAAAUCAAAGUUUAAAUUGCUAAAAUAGUGCCUUAAAACACAUAAUCAGAUUAAUAUGGGUAUUGAUUGGUGGGUUAUGUAAUCUUGUGGUUGAUAUUACAUCAUACACAUGCAUUUUUUUUUAAUGUCUGGAUGAAAGUAUAAUUUCUUAUGAAAAAAAUAUUUUAACCAAUAAAUCAUGAAUGUAUGCCAAAAACAGACUGACUGCAGUACAGAAACACUAUAAAUACAGUGACAAAAUAUACUCAAUGAAAUGAGUAUAUUUUGUAAAUGAGUAUAAAUGGUGGAUGUACCCAAUAAGCAAUAAUUGAAUGUCAAUAAAAGCACAUGGAAAUUUCA